AGUUGCUUUCAGUCCUGUCCAUUCUACCGAAUUUAUUUGACAAAAGACUACAAGAAGAUGCCUGGGAUCCCCUGCCCUUGCUGCAACGGAACAGCGAUGUUCAAAUUAAGCCAGGCCUUCAAAUUGGGUGUGCCUUGUGCCAUCCGAGUAGAGUGUUAAGCAGCAGUGCGCAAACAUAUCCAUAUACAAGCACCUGCUACUGCCAUCGUGUAUGGCCAUGUCAAACAUGAAUCCCAUUUCCCUGAUCUUUCUAGAGCUCCUCCUCGUUGGCCUUAGCGCACCACAGUUUAUCGCCGGUGAUGACAACCAGCAAUUUGUCUACUCUGGCUUCGCUAACGCUAACCUCACCCUCGAUGGCACGGCCUCGGUCACGCCAAGAGGGUUGCUUGAGCUGACCAAUGGCACAGCCAUGAGCAUGGGCCACGCCUUCUACCCGGCUCCAUUGCACAUCGCCGACUCGCCCAACGGCAUAGUGCAGUCCUUCUCUGCUUCCUUCGUGUUCGGCAUCAUCUCCAUCUAUGACUUGUUGAGCAGCCAUGGUCUCACCAUGUUGGUCGCACCGAACAAGGAUUUCACCAAGGCGACCCCAGUACAGUACCUGGGACUCGUCAAUGGCUCGAACAACGGCAACGGAACAAAUCACAUCUUCGCUGUCGAGCUGGACACAUGGAAAAAUUCCGAGUUCGGGGACAUCAACAACAACCACAUCGGUGUGGACAUCAACAGCCUCAGCUCUGUCCAGUCCCACCCAGCCGGCUUCUUCCACGACCAGAAUGGCACAUUCAAGAACUUGACUCUCAGUAGCCAAGAGGCGAUGCAGGUGUGGGUGGACUAUGACAGAGAGAAGACACAGAUUGAUGUUACCAUGGCUCCUCUCGACAUGUCCACCAAGCCCAGGAGACCAACAGUGUCCACCAGGUACAACCUCUCAGCUGUGCUCAAAGAUGUGGCAUACAUUGGCUUCUCAUCUUCAACAGGCAAGAUCAACACACGACACUAUGUGCUUGGUUGGAGCUUCGCCAUGAAUGGUCCUGCUCCAGCCAUCAAUGUCACCAUGCUUCCAGACCUUCCGCGGCAUCAAACCCAGGGUCAUCGAUCCUGGGUGCUAGAGAUAGUUCUGCCGGUAGCAACAGCGGUGGUCCUCCUGUCUUUGGGCACCAUUGCUUUCAUCCUUGUGCGAAGGCAUUUCAGAUACGCCGAGGUACAAGAUGACUGGGAGGUGGAGUUUGGCCCACACCGGUUCUCUUACAAAGAUUUAUUCCAUGCAACCGAAGGAUUUGAGGACAAAAACCUUCUAGGAGUUGGAGGAUUCGGAAGAGUGUACAAAGGGGUGCUUCCAAGAUCCAGGUUGGAGAUAGCCGUGAAGAGGGUCUCUCAUGAUUCCAAGCAAGGCAUGAAGGAGUUCAUUGCAGAAAUUGUCAGCAUAGGCCGCCUUCAAAACCGUAAUCUUGUGCAGUUGCUUGGCUAUUGUCGGCGUAAAGGUGAACUCCUCUUGGUAUAUCAGUACAUGCCCAAGGGAAGCCUCGAUAAGUACCUUUAUGGCAAAGAGGAUAAUUCCGUGUUGAGUUGGGCUCAAAGGUUUUGGAUCAUCAAGGGAAUUGCAUCUGGCUUGCUUUACCUUCACGAGGAGUGGGAGAAAGUGGUUGUUCAUCGAGACAUCAAGGCAAGCAAUGUGCUCCUUGAUGAAGAGAUGAAUGGGCGAUUGGGUGAUUUUGGCCUGGCGAGGUUGUAUGAUCACGGCAUCGACCCACAGACUACACAAGUGGUUGGCACCAUAGGCUACCUAGCUCCAGAGCUAGCACGCAGCGGAAAUGCCACACCUCCUACUGAUGUCUUUUCCUUCGGCAUGUUUGUUCUAGAGGUGACCUGUGGACAAAGGCCUGUCAAUCACCAAAACACACAAGACAAUCAGCUCAUAUUGGUCGAUUGGGUCAUUGACAAGGUGCAGAAAGGAUCAUUUGGCGAUACAGUGGAUGCUAGGCUAAAAGGGAGGUACGAUGUUGGUGAGGCAUAUUUGGCGCUAACCAUAGGGCUAUUAUGCUCACACCCAUUCGCCAACGCACGGCCUACCAUGCGGCAAGUCAUGCAAUACCUAGACAGGGAAAUUGAACCUCCACAGUUAAGCUCAGAGAUGCUAGCUUUGAUGCAAAACGAAGGGACUGAGCAAUACAUCAUUUCAUACCAUGUGUCAACUACAACCGCAGGCACAAUCUCCCACAUCUCAGGAGGGAGAUGAAUUUGGUGUUUUGUCAUGUCUGAGAUCCAAGUAUAUCUAUUAAAUACCUUAAGGAACAUAUAUAUUGUAUGUGUGAUGAGGCAUACAUAUAGGAAGCCCAUAUAUAUACCUUACGGAUAUUUUGGUUUAUUUGUAUGGUCACCAUAUGCUCGCUUUGUUCUGUCUGCAUCCA